GACGAGAUUACAUAUUAAUACAUUAGUGUUAUUACCAUUUUUGUUUACAGCAUUGCAAGAGGUGAGUGAUGAACUUGAGGAUGUACUAUUAAUGUUUGAAAUUCAUCAGUGAAUCUGAACAAAUAAACUCAGUUUCCUUCCUAUGAGCUUGUUCAGUGUAAUACCUCAACAAUGUUGUCCAAAGUCGAUUCUAUAGGAUCAAUUGAAAGUGAAUGGAAAUCUCAUUAAACAAUUUAUUUCUAUACACUAACUCUGCAAUCGUUCCAAAAGAAAAUGGAACUGUUGAGGAUGAUGACCUUAUAGUUCAAUUAGUAAGUCCAAUAGGCAAGAUACAUGGACACAUUAUGAAAAGUCAAAAUGGAUAUGAUUUUUAUGCUUUCCAAUAUGUUCCUUAUGCUCAACCACCAAUUGGUGAACAGAGGUUUAAAAUGGGAAGUGAUGCUGGAUGGAGUGAUGAUUCUGGAGUAUUACAUGAAGUAUCAGGUACAGGACAUGGAUUAGAUUUAGUAUAUUUCUGGGAUACUCCUUCAAGUUCCGCUCUAGUUACUAGUGAAACCAAUAGAAAGGUGUUAUUGAAAUUGUGGACCAAUUUUAUAAAUGAUCAAAAUCCCACUCCACAACAAAAUGCAGAUUUUCAGAACGAUAUUUGGCCGACUACACAACCAUCAACUCUUCUAUAUUUAGAUAUUAAUGAUGCAUUUAGUUUUGGAACAACUCCCCGUCAGUAUGAAGAAGUAAAAAACAUUCUUGAUAAAUAUCUUCCAUUUAAUGUCUAUUAGAAAUAUAAACAAAGCACAAGAUUUAUUCAUUUA